AUGCUCGCACAGGGUGAUUCCGAUGAAGAGUUUGCUGAUUUCGAUGAAUCGCAACUGGAUUCUGAUGAUGACGACGAAACGGCAUUCGAGGCACUGGACGAAGAGGAAGAAGUGAAUGGGCUUUCUCACAAGGGGAAGAUGCCAUUGAACAAGGCGCUUUACGAAUCUCGAUACAUGGUGCAUACGCCUUCAGGCAUCAAUAAUAACAUGAUAAAGAAGGAAAUCACCCCAUUGGUUGAGACCUUAUGCUUGAGUCGAGAUGUUGUCGCUUGCCUCUUUCGAAAUGCUGGAUGGAAGACUGAACGUGUGCUUGAUGCCUAUGCUGAUCAAGGAAAUGCUUGGGAUGCACUGCUCAAAAAGUCGGGAUUAUCUACUCUUUGUGACCUGUCGUCAACAUCUUCGCUUCAAAUCCAGAAAGAUGAUUGGGAGCCUGGAUGUAUGUGUGGUAUAUGCGGUGAUGAUGAGCCUUCCAAAACAAAUGCUCAUGUACUGUCGUUGGUUGGGUGUGGUCACAAAUUCUGUGAAGAUUGUUACAAGGAAUACGUGACACGAAAGGUCACUGAACGAGAGCUACAAUUUGGAUGUCCAGGGUGCAAAAUCGUUCUUUGUGACUCUGCCAUUCAGCAGAUCGCACCUGAAUGUGCUGAAAAGCUACAACAAUGGCAUAUCAGAAGCUUCGUCGAUUCCAAGAAGAAGCUGAAAUGCUGUCCUGCACCUGAUUGUGCAUAUGUCAUUGAAUUCCAAAAUAUGGUUGCUGAGAUUUCCGACCCAGUACUUCAAAUGCCGCGUGUCGUUUGUGACUGUGGUAAAUCUUUCUGCUUUGGCUGUGACCAUGAUACCGACCACCAGCCUUUGUGUUGUACGCUAUUGGCAAAAUGGAUCAAAAGAUGUGCUGAUGAUUCAGAGACUGCCAAAUGGCUUACUGCCAACACCAAGAACUGCUUGAAAUGCCACACAGCUAUUGAAAAGAAUGGUGGUUGUCAUCGUAUGCAAUGCUGGAAAUGUCGUUCACAGUUCUGUUGGAAUUGUUACAAGGACUGGCAUGGCUAUGACAAGCAAUGCAACAAGUUUGAUCUCGAUCAGCAUGCAGCCGGACAAAGUGCAGCUGAUCUAACCAGGGCUGCUCUGAAACGUUUUGUUCACUACUUUACUCGAUACGCCAAUGAUAUGGCUGCCGUGAAAUUGACUGAGCAAGCAUACGAAAAGGUUGAAAGCAAAAUGGUCCAACUUCAAAACGAAACUAGCCUCUCAUACAUCCAAGUCCAAUUCCUUCGUACUGCUGCCGAGCUCCUCUUAAAGUGUCGUCGUACCCUUGCUUAUACAUAUGUUGCUGCCUUCUUUAUGAAACGCGAAAAGCCCAUCCAAACCAACCAAGCACAAUUAUUCGAGGAUCGACAAGCUGAUUUGGCUUCAGCUGUCGACAAACUCUCUGACUUGGUUGAAAACGCUGGUGGUGAUGAAUGGCUUGGUCCAAAUCUAGAAAAGAAGAAAAUUGAAGUGUUGGAUUUGACUUCUUAUGUGAAGAGCCGUCAAGAAAUUCUGUUGGUUGACUUUAUGGAAGCUUUGGUCGAGAAUCGCUACGAGUUCGAUGAGCUCUAG